AAUGCAAAACGUGAAACGUGGGCUGGGUUGACUGUACCGAUCAGAGAACAAGGAAGCGACAUGUGCUGACAAUAACCCUGAAGUUUUAUGUUCAGCAGUAGCAGACUAUCUGAGGGAGCACAUAUCGACCAGACCGUCUACUAUUGUGGAUGUUAAUAAACAAAAACUUGAAUGUCAGACCCAAGGCUACGAUAUGGACCAGUCUCUCUAAAAAAAUAAAGAACUCCAUGCCAAGGUAACAAACAUAGAAAAUUCAAGGUCUGACAACACCAGGAAGGGCUGUUAUCAGCAGAGCUUGAGUUCCUGUUAACCAACGUCAGACGCAAAGGCACCAACUGAGAGGAUGAAACGAGAGGUCAAGGCAGGGGUGAACUUCCUGAAGCGCCUUGCCGUGGAGCGAGGGGGGCUGGGCGAACAGAAAGCAGAGGCGUUUGCGGAGAAGCUACAGGAGCUUCUGAGUGACAAAUACAACGAGCAUUGGUACCCCGACAACCCCAGCAAAGGACAGGCUUUCAGGUGUGUCAGGAUGAGCGCGGACAUGGCGGAGUGCGACAUGGAGGUCCUGACGGCUUGUGUGGGAAGUGACCUCCAACUUAGCCAGCUGGGUCUACAGAGGGAAGUCACCUUGUGGAUCGACCCUCUGGAGGUGAGCGCAAGGUCAGGAGACAACAGCAGGUACUUCACCGUCGCCCGUUUCAACGAGGGGGAGGAGGAUCAAGUGGAGGAUGUGAAGACAGAGCGGAGUGAGGACUCCGCAACAUUGGACUCUGGGAAUCUGGACACGUCCGACUACCACUCUGCCACCUCGUCUGAUUGCGGGUCCUCCAUGUCCAGCGACACAGAGGAGGACGGGAAGGACGGAGAGACCGAGGGAAGACCAGACAAGAAAGACAAGACAAAGGACAAGACGGAGAAGACGGAAUGCACGUUUGGUACGAUAACCAUGGUACCUAGACCACGGGACCGCUUGCGGAAUCAACAUAAGAUCUCCCCAAAAAUGGCCCCCACAACUAUGCAGUACUUCUAUCACCCGGGACCUGUUUGGCCUCAGUACAAGAAGAAGGGCCCUGUCUUCCUCACCACAGUGUGUGCACCUCCACCCCCACCACCAGUAUUUGGCUACUAUGUUAUGCCUCAGCCCUCUCCACAGUUCAUCUUGCCCCAUGCCACCCUUCAGCCAUGGGGUGCUGUUAUGGGCUAAACCAAAACGUAAGACGGGGGUGUGAGAAAAGGGUUAAACAACAGAAUGUUUGAGCCGAUCUUGCUUGUAGUUAAUAAUUAUGAUUUGGCGGGUUUCUAGUUCAAGUUAGGCACAAUGUUCUCAUUAAGGUCAUAAAUGACUUGCUAGGGUAAAUACAACUCAGAACUAGGCAAUAGCUUUAUUACACUCUUGGCAAAUAAUAUCUUAUCUUGGAAAAAGGGACUACUGAUCUUACCUACAGUAUAAAGGAUUUACCCGCAGGUUACGUCUUCAAGGUAACCUUAUCUGUUCUGUAUACAGUGUAUAGAUCCUUGUUCUGAUGUGUUCAAAUACUUGGCUGGCAAAAUAACAAUGUUAUAUUACCCCGUGUAACUGUGAUUAUUAAUCUGUGAAUCUCAUUUCAGUUAAAAUUAUUUAAAAGUCAUUUUUGUUUUUUGAUCUGCAUUACAGACAGCAUCUCAGGGAAUCAGCAACAGACUGAAUCAGCAACAGGCUGAAUCAGCAAUAGGCUGAAUCAGCAAUAGGCUGAAUGCCAACAAUGUCUGUAAUACAUUUGAUCCUUGGAUGUGAUUCUCUUUAAUCUUGUACCUCAGCCUCUCAAUGCUGAAAUUAUAAAUCCUGUGUAUUGACUGAAUAGCAAUAUGUAGUUUUUGACACAAAAUCCUUGAGUGUGUAUUAGAUUAGUUUUGAUAUUUUAAUCUAGUGUGGAUUACUGUUGUCACCUGACUGAUAAUAACCUAUAUAUUUUUAUACUAAAUAAUGUUUAAGCUACAAUGCUGCAGCCUUUUGCAAUCAAUUGCCACAUUCAUCUUGCAUGUAUAGUUCAAGUUUAGUUAUUAAUUGACUUAUUUAUUGGUCCAUCAUUGAAUGGCACUCAUGUAUAUACUGUUAAUUCAAUGACAUGCACAAUCCUUUUGGGUAGGCCUUGCCCUAAAUGGUUUUCAUGGUAAUUUGCUUGCAUGGACACAUAUAGCUUUAAAUCGCUUUCUACACUGGAAAGGAGAACCCUGGACUUUAAUACUGUUUGUAGUUUUCACACUAGUGACAUGUGCAUAUUUAUUUUUAAAUGUACCUGUUUAUUCUCAAACUGUGCUUUUUAAGUCACAUUUUAUACCUUGCACCUAAAUUUUCAUAUAAUAGUUGAUUAAAUCUGUCAAGAACUGACAUAACAUUUUGC